AUGAAUGCCUCCGAUCAUGGGUUCAAUCCAGCGUUUAAUAUGGCCACCAUACGACAAGCCAUCAACGAGACGAUAGAACGAGUACGUAUUCCAACGCCAACCCGCCUGCGAGAUCUUAUCCGACAGAUCCGAGCCGCCCGGACGGCGGCCGAAGAGCGUGCCGUGGUGAACCGCGAGUGCGCCUACAUUCGUAGCACAUUCCGGGAGGAAGAUUCGGUGUGGCGAUGUCGCAACAUUGCCAAGCUGCUGUACAUACACAUGCUCGGCUAUCCGGCCCAUUUCGGCCAGCUCGAGUGCCUCAAGCUGACCGCCAGUCCACGGUUCACCGACAAGCGUAUUGGCUAUCUGGGCGCGAUGCUGCUGCUGGACGAACGACAGGACGUUCAUCUGCUGAUUACCAACUGUCUUAAGAAUGACCUCAACAGUCCGACACAGUUCGUGGUGGGGUUGGCGCUCUGCACGCUCGGUGCGAUCGCCUCACCGGAAAUGGCCCGGGAUUUGGCGGGCGAGGUGGAAAAGCUAAUGCGCUCACCGAAUGCAUACAUCCGGAAAAAGGCGGCCCUGUGUGCGUUCCGGAUCAUCAAGCGGGUGCCGGAGUUGAUGGAAAUUUUUCUUCCGGCUACCCGGUCGCUGCUGAACGAGAAAAAUCACGGUAUUCUCAUCGCUGGCGUUACCCUUAUUACGGAGAUGUGCGAAAAGAGUUCCGACACCUUGAAUCACUUUAAAAAGGAUAGUGGAAAUCAAGAGAUUGUGCCGAAUCUGGUACGAAUUCUGAAAAAUCUUAUCCUGGCCGGAUACUCACCGGAGCACGACGUGAGCGGCGUUAGUGAUCCAUUCCUGCAGGUAAAAAUCCUUCGCCUGUUAAGAAUUCUUGGACACAACGAUCCGGACGCAUCGGAGGCGAUGAACGACAUUCUGGCACAGGUGGCAACCAACACGGAAACGAGCAAAAACGUUGGCAACACCAUCCUGUACGAGACUGUGCUUUCCAUUAUGGACAUAAAAUCCGAAGGUGGCCUUCGCGUGUUGGCCGUCAACAUUCUUGGCCGGUUCUUGCUGAACAGUGACAAAAACAUUCGCUACGUCGCGCUCAACACUCUGCUGCGGACGGUGCACGCAGACAUUUCGGCCGUCCAGCGCCACCGGAGCACGAUACUGGAGUGCCUGAAGGAUCCGGACGUUUCGAUUAGGAGGCGCGCGAUGGAACUUUCGUUUGCGCUAAUCAACUCCCAGAACAUACGGGCAAUGUCGAAGGAGUUGCUCGUGUUUUUGGAGAAAGCUGACCCGGAGUUUAAGGCCCAGUGCAGUAGCCGUAUGGUGCACGUGGCGGAACGGUACGCAACUUCCAUUCGCUGGCGGUUGGAUACGCUACUGAGUGUGUUGAUUGCGGCUGGUAAUUACGUGCGCGAUGAUGUGGUGUCGUCAACGAUCCACCUAAUUCUCAACAGUCCACCGGAGGAGCAAGCGUACAUUGGGUUGCGGCUCUGGAGCUCGGUACACAAUGUAGCCAAUUCGGAGGAGAAGCAACCACUCCUGCAGGUGGCCGUAUGGACGAUCGGAGAGUACGGUGAUUUACUGCUCAGUUCCGAACGGAUCGAAGAUGUUGAAAUCCCUGCAGAACAUCAGCUCGUAGAUGUCUACCAGCGACUGCUCUGGUCUACCUCGGUUUCGACGACGACGAAACAGUACGCACUGGUGUCACUGGCCAAGCUAAGCACGCGCAUCCGUUCGAAGGAAGAGGAAACGCGCGUGAAGCAAAUGAUUGAAGCGUUCGGUUCCCAUCUAAACAUCGAUCUACAGCAACGGGGAGUAGAAUUCGCCCAGCUGUUCAAGGAUUACAGUCAUCUGCGACCAGCGUUGUUAGAAAAAAUGCCCAAAAUACAGAAAACACUUCCAAACGGUACCGACGUGGACGGUGGAGGCGCAUUUGACGAUCCGCACCCGAGUAUCGAUCUGAUCGAAGGUGGUGAUGAUGGUGAUUCCUCGUUAAUGAUCAACACGACCGGUAGCAUGGUUGGGAAGAUGGGAUCAGAUUCGCGCGCACUGCUCGAUCUACUCGGUGGAGGUGACGAUCCGAUCGAUGGUCUUGGAUUAACCCCGACCGCAGAUGUGCUAAUUUCCGGUAGCACAACCACCACCACCAACGGUAAACCGGCGGUCGGUGGCAGUCUACCUACCGCAACCGGCAACAAUCAGGAUCUGCUCGAUCUGCUCGGCAGCUUAGAUAUGCCGGCGAGUACACCACCGGCGGCCGUUAAUUCGUCGCUCGGUGCAAACACCCCACUCGGCGUAGGCGGUAUCGGGCUCGAUCUAAACAGUCUCAAUGAUAAUAGCAUCAAAAAUGGUACCGGUGGACCAAACCUGCUGGCCAACUCUUCCUCCUUCGGUGGCCUCGAUAAUCUGCUAAAUUCCAACCUCUCGCCGACAAUGCCGGCCCUGCCAGGUAUGGGAUCACCGUUGGCGGGACUGGGUAGCCUUACCAGUCCCACCUCGCCGACGGCGAUCGUGAACAACACCACGAACGGUAGCACCAGUCUGUUCAGUGACUUUUCGGCAGCAGCCAUCAAUAAUAAUGAUGAACAUGCGAAGCUACUGACGGCACUGGAUAAAAAUGGCAUUCUAGUGCAACUGUCCGCGAAGCAUACGGGUGGUGCAUUGCAAAUUCUCAUGACGGCAACCAACAAUUCACUCACCACCCUCGAACAGUAUCUAUUCCAGGCGGCCGUUCCGAGAAGUUUCUCCUUGCAGAUGCUUUCGCCAUCCGGUUCAACGUUACCGCCUGGUGGAACGAUAACGCAGGAAAUGCGUAUUACUAGCACAGCUAAGGCUACGUUAAGGAUGCGUCUGCGAAUAUCCUACCAGUCGGACGGCAAUCCAGUGCAAGAGCAAACGGAAGUGUCCGGCUUUCCGGAAGAGCCUACCGAAUGA